CCAAAAAUUGACCUGGAAUAAAUAUGCCCAAAUCGGUGCUUAAUGGACUUAAUCAUCGUUGAAGAAUAUCCUCAUGCCGAAUCUGUGACCUAUAGCAUUCAAAAUCCAAAGAAAAUGGCUUUCGUGACCCCGUAAAUUACGAAAAUGCCAUCCGAAAAUAAAUUGGCCUAAAUCGGUGCUUAAUGGACCUAUCAUCUGUGGAGAAUAGGAUUAAUAGACUUCAUUAUCGGUGGAGAAUAGCCUCGGCCUAAUUUCGUGAUCAAUAGCCUCCAGAAUCGAAAGAAAAUGGCAUUUCGGAAAAAUAGCCCAAAAUAUGUGAUGGUACCCCUUUGGAAUCUGCAAAAAUUGACCCCGAAUAAAUCUUCCCAAAUCGGUGCUUAAUGUACUUAAUCAUCGUUGAAGAAUGUCUUCAGGCCGAAUCCGUGACCUGUAGCAUUCAAAAUCCAAAGAAAAUGGCUUUCGUCGCCCCGUAAAUUACGAAAAUGCCAUCCAAAAAUAAAUUGGCCCAAAUCGGUGCUUAAUGGACUUAUCAUCCGUGGAGAAUAUGAUCAAUAGACUUCAUUAUCGGUGGAGAAUAGACUCGGCCUGAUUUCGUGAUCUAUAGCCUCCAGAAUCGAAAGAAAAUUGCAUUUUGAAAAAAUAGCCCGAAAUCUGUGAUGAUACCCCUUUGAAAUCAGUCAAAAAUUGACCCGGAAAAAUAGGCCCAAAUCGGUGCUUAAUGGACUUAAUAAUCAUUGAAGAAUAUCCUCAGGCCGAAUUCGUGACCUGUAGCCUUCAAAAUCCAAAGAAAAUGGCUUUCGUCGCCCCGUAAAUUACGAAAAAGGCAUCCAAAAAUAAAUUGGCCCAAAUCGGUGCUUAAUGGACUUAUCAUCCGUGGAGAAUAGGAUCAAUAGACUUCAUUAUCGGUGGAGAAUAGCCUCGGCCUAAUUCCGUGAUCAGUAGCCUCCAGAAUCGAAAGAAAAUUGCAUUUCGGAAAAAUAGCCUGAAAUCUGUGAUGGUACCCCUUUGGAAUCUGCCAAAAAUUGACCUGGAAUAAAUUCGUCCAAAUCGGUGCUUAAUGGACUUAAUCAUCGUUGAAGAAUAGCCUCAGGCCGAAUCCGUGACCUAUAGCCUUCAAAAUCCAUAGAAAUGGCUUUCGUCGCCCAGUAAAUUACGAAAAGUCCAUCCGAAAAUAAAUUGGCACAAAUUGGUGCUUAAUGGACUUAUCAUCCGUGGAGAAUAGGGUCAAUAGACUUCAUUAUCGGUGGAGAAUAGCCUCGGCCUGAUUAUGUGAUCUGUAGUCUCCAGAAUCGAAAGAAAAUGACAUUUCGUGUACCCUUUGGAAUUCGUGCUUGAAAUUUAUGAUGAACUAAUUCUGAUUGACUAUUGAUAGUGAUUCGUGUAAUUUACUUUCACGAACAAUAAUAAGAUUGAGCAUGAAGGGUAUAUCAACACUCAUAAUUAUUUGUAUCAAUCACGAUUAAUUGGAUAGUCUGGUUCAAGAUAUCAACCGAAAACAAUUCGACAAUUUUUGUAUGCAUGCUCAACCUUAAUAUUUGUGAUCAGAUUAUAUGGUUGGGAGUAGGGGUGGGCGUUCGGUCGGUUUGGUUUGAACCGAACCGAACCAGGUUAUCCCGAAUUUCCGAACUCCCCAACGCCCCGACCGAAUUAAGCUGUAAUUCGGUUUGGAGGCUCAAACCGAAGUACCCCUGCUGCCCCCUUUUUGCCUGCUGUCAUUUUUUUUUUUUUGUGAAAAUUUGACAUGAGCUGGCCGUCGGUAUCCUUUUGUUUGUUCGGUUUCCGACUGGUGGAGGCAGUCAUGUCGAUUGUGGCUUUGGAAGUUUGGACUUUGGAGUCUGACUUCAGAGUUGGAGUCGGCAGAAGAUUGAGAAUCACGGAAUCAGUCCGUCGACGUCGGGAGACGGGAGGAGACUCGGCAGCCGGUGGAUUGCGAGAGGGGGGCGAGCAGGAUCGAGCAGUGAGGUUGAGGGCGAGCGCCGACCAGUGCCUGUUGAGUGUUGACGUCGCCGUGCUCGGGGCUCCGGCAGUGGAGCUGUGGAGGAGGAGUCACAGUCGGGUCGGCAGUCGCUGCGCUGCAAGCGUCGGAAGUCGGAAUUCGGAAUCGGCUGCUCCCUUUCCCUCUGGCCUUUCUCGCGAUUUCGUCAAUUCGGCGCCUAGGUUUAGCUCGCAAGUCGCACCUCGCAGACGCGGAGCGGACGACGGUGGCGGUGGGUACUGGGCUGGGGGGUCGGGUACUGGGCUGGCGGUGGUUACUGGGCUGGCGGUGGGUGUGGGUCCUCUGUCAAGUGCAAGGGGAGCAGCCGAGCAGGCCUUGCCGCCCUGGGCCCAAGAAGCCCAAUCCAAUAUUGGGCUGAGACUUUCAGGCUGGGCCGCUGGGUUAAUAUAUUCGGAAUUUCGGUCGGUUAUUCGGAAUUUCGGUUCGGUUCAAACGAACCUGAUUUCCGAAAUGUCUCCAUCUUGCAGCCGAAUUUCGAACCUAACAACAAAUAUUUCGGUUUUGGUCGGUUUUUAUUCGGUUCGGUUCGGUAAAACCGAACCUAAUGCCCACCCCUAGUUGGGAGACGACUAGGUGGGUUGUGGAUUGCAUGGCUUGCUCUGGUCUUUUGGUCCGAGAGAAUGUAACGAGUGCUCGUUUGAAGGUGAAUUGGGACUCGACAAAUUAUUGCGACCUUGUGAGCCUCCUAUUCAUUUAUUUGACACUUUUAACCUAUUUGAUCGUAUGGCAUCCACUCCACACCUUAUUAUGCUCAAGCCAAUGGUCAAGCAGAAGCAUCCAAUAAGGUGGUAAAAGGGAUUUUGUCCAAAAUAAUUGAGGACAAUCCAAGGAAUUGGCAUGAGGUGCUAUCAGAGGCACUAUGUGCUUAUAGGAUGUCACCACGUAGUAGUAUGAGAGUGACUCCUUUCUCUUUGACAUAUGGUCACGAGGCUUUCUUGCCAGUUGAGAUAACGGUAAAGUCUCUACGAUACAUGAAACAACAUGAAUUGACUCCCUCGGAAUAUUAUGAGUUAAUGAUGUUGGAGUUGUCAGAACUGGAUGAAAUGCCCGAUUCUUUUGGGAUCUAUCCUUUUUAAUAUUUGUACCAUUAAUAACAUUUCAUGUAACCAAAUACUUGUUUGAAUCGGAUGUCACCCGGUGACCCAUAUUCCGGGUGUUUAUCAAAAGGAAAAAGGGAGAUUUGGAUUCUCGUUGGUUCGUUGGUUGGUGGGUUUCCCCUUUCCGGGUUCGUUUUCUGUCCAGGUGCUGCCGGCUGCGCCGUAGUUUCACUACGGGGAGGCACAUUACCCACUGAAAAUGAAAGAAUUGAAUUGAACAUUUACUGGUGAAUUACAGCACCAUCCUCAUAAUUCUUUUAUAACCCUCCCAAAUCCCUCACAGGAAACAAAUACGACAAAUUGUGAUUAGGUCAGUGGUAAUUGUUAAUUAGCAAGCAGUGCAAGUUGCCUAAUUACGAUCAUUAAGAUGCGACUUUUUUUCCUCCAGACCUGCUGGCUGCUGCAUGCAGGUUGGCCACCACUCCCCUUUGUCGUCUAGUGGAUCCACGACUGCUUAAUAUUAAGCCACUGGAAUCAACUGUCUUCUCCUUCACUAAUCAUAAUUAAUUCGUCAUGUUGCCUUAUUAAACUUGGCUAAUGGGGAGAAAAUUCAGAUCCACUGCUAGCUUUAAUGACAUCACGACCCUUAAAUCUCAUGAGCUGGAGGCUGUUUGUGUUACUAAUUACUAUGUUUUUUUUUUCUCAAUAACAUAAAAAACACAUAUAUAAAGGAAUAUGACUGUCAUCGUUUAUCAAGUUUUGAACUAUAUGAUUAAGUAAAGUCUAAAUAAUCUCAUCAUUAAGAUAUAAUUGUAUAUCAUUUUCCUUGCUCCGUAUAGUUAUAAACACAAAUAAUGACAUUCACUCCCAAAAUCGUGUGUUGUUAUGUAUACAUACGUCUCGAUUACUACGAUAGCACUCAAGAAUCCCAAGACAUUAUAUGCUUGGUCUCGAAAAGUAAGAAGCUCUCAUUUCCAAUUCUCGAUUGAUAAAUAAGUGUCCUUAAAACUCAUGAAUUGGUCAUUAAUUAAUAAUAUUAAGUGUGUUAAGGAUUUCUCUCAUUUCAUAAAGAUCUUGAUAAACU